UCAAGCAGCUAGCGAGUAGCGACGAUCGAUCGACGAUGGCGCCUUCCACUACUCUCUCCCUCGUCGGUUUACUCGCGGCCUUGUGCACCCUCUUCGACCGCUCCGCUUGCUUCCACCCCAAGCGCCUCAACUUCUCCUCUUCUGCUCUCGACGCCGGCAGCUGGUCGCCGGCGGGAGCCACCUGGUACGGCGGCGCGCACGGCGCUGGGAGCGACGGCGGCGCGUGCGGAUACGCAGGCGCCGUCGACUCGUCCCCGUUCUCCUCCAUGAUAGCGGCAGGGAGCCCCUCCAUCUUCAAGUCCGGCGAGGGGUGCGGCGCUUGCUACCAGGUCCGGUGCACGGGCACCGCCGAAUGCUCCGGGAACCCGGUGACGGUGGUGCUCACAGACGAGUGCCCCGGCGGGCCGUGCCUCGCUGAGCCCGUCCACUUCGACCUCAGCGGCACGGCGUUCGGGGCGAUGGCGAAGCCCGGGCAGUCCGACCAGCUCCGCAACGCCGGAGUCCUCCAAAUCCAGUACAAUCGCGUGGAGUGCAACUACGGCAGCGUGGACAUUGCGUUCCAUGUGGACGUAGGCUCGAACCCUAAUUACAUCGCCGUGCUGAUCGAGUACGAAGGAGGCGACGGGGACCUGGCGACGGUGGAGAUCAAGGAGGGACAGUCGUCGUGGAUACCGAUGCAGCAGUCGUGGGGAGCGGUGUGGAGGCUAAACUCGGGGCCGACUCUGCAGCCGCCGUUCUCGUUCAGGCUGACGUCCGGGUUGGAGCGGAAGCAGCUGGUGGCCAAUAACGUGAUUCCGGCGGGGUGGCAGCCGGGCGCCACCUACAGAUCCGUCGUCAACUACAGCGAUUAGAAAGAGUCAUAUCCAAAUAUCUACAGUGGGAAGUACGUACGUGCGUUGUUGGUGAAUAAAAUUAUCGCAGGCAGUGGAGAUUAUUAGCUGUAUUUAUCUCCCUCCGCGAAGUACCUUCAUGUGUUUGAUGAUCGAUAUCUAUUUGCAUAACGUACGUUAUGCAAAUGAUCUGAUCGGUAUCUAUUUUGCUAUAAAAUUUUCAGAUGUUUGAUGAUCCUCUAAUAGCAUAAUUGGAAUUCAAUAA